AGCCGGUUCCUCAUCCAACGGGAACUUGGACUACUGACGGCAGCCAACUUCGAACCCUCAAGCAGCCAUGGAUCCAGAGACUGAUGACACCUAUGUGAGCAAGACCUUAGAGAGUUUGCGGAGAGCUCAGGAGCAGCUCACGGCUGCUGAUGGCCCCUUUCCGCUGGCUGAAGAGGAGGUCGAGCACUUUGGCACUUCGCAGAGAUAUCUUUGCUACCAGAAGGGCCCGAACAGCCUGACCUGCCACACCCUGCCGGAGUUCUUCAGCGACAGCUUCGCUCGACACACGGACAAGGACUUCCUGGUCUAUGAAGGCGACCGCUUCACCUACGGUGAGACGUUGGACAUCGCGGUGGCCUUGUCCCGAACGUUGGCGCAGACCUACGGCGUGCAGCGAGGUUCUUGCGUUGCGAUCGCUGGCAGAAAUUUUCCAGAAUGGGUCUUCACAUUGAUUGCGGUCAAUGGAUUCCUAAGUGCUGUUUCAUUGCCGGUGAAUGCGUGGUGGACAGGCACCGAGCUGAAGUACGGCUUGGAAGACUCCCAAACCUGCCUACUUGUCGCGGAUUUAGAGCGCUUGGACAGGGCACCGUUUUUGGAGCAGAUGGGAAUUCCGGCAGUGUGCAUGCGAGCUGGCGCGCGGAUACCACCGCAGAAUGCGCAACGCUUUGAAGAACUGGUGAUUCUGGGCAAAUCGUUGAACCCUUUGCCAAGACGUCCAGUAGAUCAAGAUGAUCGCGCGAUGCUGAUGUACACCUCGGGCACCACGGCGAUGCCGAAAGGAGUGGUGCUGACUCAUAGAGGUAUUUGUUCCGCGACCAACACGUUAAGUCUCUGGAACUAUGGCAAGGAAGUAAGCUCACAGCGCAACGUCAUCCUUGCGUCCCCACUGUUUCAUGUGAAUGGCUCUCAUGUGGGCCUGUUCGGCUCGAUUUGCAGAGGUGAGAAACUGGUGAUGAUGUACAAAUGGGAUGCGGGCCGCGCAUUGAAGCUGAUCGAAGAUGAGAAAGUACAAGCCAUCGUGGGUGUACCGACCAACACCUACGACUUGGUGAAUCAUCCGGAUUUCAAGAAGUAUGAUACCUCCUCCAUGGUUGGUGUCGGAGGUGGUGGUGCAGCUUUUGCCGCCCCCAUGAUCAAACGCGUGAAGGACACCUUCCAGAACGCGCGCGCCUCCACGGGCUAUGGGCUCACGGAAACCAAUGCCGUCAGUGUAGUGAUGCCGGCUGAGCUUUUCCCUGCACGACCCACCUCCUGUGGUUUGCCGGCAGUGAACGUCAACGUUUGCAUCCUGGAUGAGAACAACCACAAGCUGCCUCCCGGGGGUGUCGGUGAGAUUUGCUUCCGAGGGGCUACUAUCAUGAAGGAGUACUGGAGAAAGCCAGACAAAACAUCAGAAGUCUUUCAUAUCGAUGAGCAUGGCCAGUUGUGGUUUCGCUCGGGUGAUAUCGGGGCAUUGGAUGAGCAGAACUUUGUUUACAUUUUGGAUCGAGCCAAAGACAUCAUCAUUCGAGGUGGCGAGAAUAUCUCGUGCGCGGAGGUGGAGCAGGCCAUCUUUGAGCACCCGACAGUGGCAGAGGUCGCUGCCAUUGGGUUGCCUCACGAGAACCUGGGCGAGACCGUAGCUGUCGCUGUGGUUUUUAAGACAGGAAGCUCAGCUCCAGAUGCAGAAGAACUGCGAGAGCAUGCGGCCUCCUUGUUGCCGCGACAUAUGGUGCCGUCGGACGUCUUUGUGUGGAAGGAGGCCUUGCCUCGAGGUGCCACCGGAAAGAUCCAAAAGAGAGACAUCCGAGAAGAAAUCACCAAGUCCCGAAAGGAACGGCAGACUCCACCCAGCAAGCUUUGAUCAAAAGGACCGAGUGACGGUGACAGUGGUCGAGACGACCAAUUUUUGCUUGAUUGACAUGGUCAUGGUUUUUAUCUUCGAGCAAAGCCUCGAUGGGUAGCUUGAACUGAGCGGCCCCAAGAAACUUGGUGAGUUUUCAACUCGUUGCUUGAAAGGAGUUCAAAAGUUUCUUGGUGGA